AUGCUGCCUUUGGCCGUACUAUUCUUCACGGCUGCGACAGUCUAUGCUGGCACGCUAAACCAGGCCUCCAACUUCCCAGUCUCUCCGGAAGUUGCCGCUCAGUAUGAUUGCGGAAGAACCUGCCAAAGAUACCUGAAUCAAACCAACGCUAUGGACUUGGAAGAUUUCGAUAUUCCCUUUGACUUCGAUUUCUAUGCAACGGCCAAUAAUUUCUCCGGCUCCAAGCCCGGCGACGUUCUGAAGCUUUUCCCAGUCGGACCCAAGCUCAUGCAAGUCCCCGGCGGUAUCGCUACAUACAAGUUUCAGUACACAUCGGUCGACCUGGACAACUCUAUUGUCCCGGCUACAGCGUUCAUUGCCUUUCCAUUUGUUCGCCAAAGCGACCCAUUCAAACUUGUCGCGUUCGCACACGGAACGUCUGGCGUGUUCCGAGGCUGCGCUCCAUCGACCUCUUCAAAUCUUUAUGAUUAUCAUACCUGGAUCCCUUUACUAUUUGCAGGAUAUGCCGUUGUUGGGACCGACUACGCUGGCUUGGGAAACAAUUACACGAGCCAUAAAUAUAUAUCCGCCAGUGCCAAUGCAAACGAUUUAUACUGGUCAGCAAUUGCAGCCAAGAAAGCCUUUCCCCACGAUCUGUCUGAGAACUGGGUGUCCAUCGGUCACUCUCAAGGCGGCGGUGCCUCCUGGAAGUUGUCGGAACACGAACUGGUGCAGACCGAUGAGAGUGGAUACCUGGGAGGGGUCGCGAUUGCCCCUAAUACACACAUCUAUGAAGCUCUUCUUGAAGCAUUCAAACUGCUACAGGGUCCUGCUGGUGAAGAGCUUCAAGACUACGGUUCCGCCUCGUACCUGCCCUCACUUUACUUCGCUCUGAGGGCCGUUUACCCCAGAUACACGGCACCAUUUUUGUCUGAUAUCGCCAAAAAACGUAUUGAAUUAGGAGAGGUCGCUAAGCUCUGCGCCACUGCUUUACCUGCUGUCUUGCACGACCUUAAUUCGUCGCAGCUCUUUUCCAAUCUCGACCUCACUGGCAUUUCUACCGUCAAGCAAUUCCAAAAACUGAACGCCCCUGCGCAGGGGGAGAAGACUUCAAGGCCUCUUCUUGUUAUCUUGGGGGCAAAUGACACCACUGUAUUCCCAUCCAUAACCACGAAAGCCUACAAACAGAGCUGCAAGGCAGGAAAUGCUGUCCACCUAAGCACCUAUCCCGGGCUAGAACACUCGCCAGUGUUUGGAGCUUCUGCACCAGAAUGGCUCAAGUUUAUUGACAAAUUAUUCCAUGGCCGCGGUUUGUACAAUUGCAGUAUGAAAACUGCGAGUCCUUUUGAUGCGCAUCACGCCAGCAACCCCGUAGAAAUUGGUUGAUUGUGGGGGCGCGGCUUGACCUAGUUUAUUGCCAAUUUUGCAAGAAGUUCCAAUCAUAAUCAAAUUCGCGUUCGCUCUUGCAUAUUGUUACAGACGCUUUCAGAUUGACUGCC